AUGUGGGAAUCAUGUGGGAGGAAGAAUGCUGGCAUGGAAAGUGUUGCUGGCCGGAUAUUUCUGGCCCACUCUGUAAAAGGAUGCAUAGAGACUAGUGAACACCUGCUUGUCCUGCCAAAAACAUCAAAAUUUGACCCACUGCACAAUGGGAAGGUCAAAUUGGAUCAUGUUGGGGGCGAUUGGGUGGAAGAGCUGCCCAAUAUCCUUUGGGUGUACCAAACAACUCCCCGAGAGAGCACAGGGCUCAUCCCAUUCCAUCUGGUAUACGACAGUGAGGUGGUGAUACCUAUCGAGGUCAGGGUGCCCUCGGUUAGAAGAAUGCUAUAUGACCAGGGAAAUACCAAGCGGCGAUUAGCGGAGCUAGAUUUUAUUGGUGAAGUUCGUGAACGAGCGACCAUCCGAUUAACUACGUAUCGGCAAAAGAUGUGUCAAAACUAUGAUAGAAGGGUGAUGCCCCGAUUCUUUGGAGAAGAGGAUCUAGUUUAG